AUGACUUCUGUCGACAUUGUUCACCUUGCCUCUAGCAAAACUACUCGUCACCAUGGGAUCAUCCUCUGGCCACCUCCUUCCUCGAACCUCGACGAUCCUUUACGAUGGCCUCGAUGGUUCAAGAUUCUCGCCUUACUGUCUGUGGCACUUUUCAACUUCACGGCCAACUUUGCUGGAUCUGGCCUUUCUGUCGCGACUCCUAUUCUUCAAAUGCAAUAUCAUAAAACCCAAAACCAAUCUUUUGCUGUUUUGACUUGGAACUUCUUCCUACUCGGCCUCGGGAAUCUGAUAUGGGUGCCACUGUCGACAAAAUAUGGCAAGCGAAUCAUUAUGCUUGUAUCGAAUUGCAUGUUGUUCACUACAAUAAUCUGGACAGCCAAAGCCCAGUCAUGGAACUCUCUUGUGGCUUCCCGCUGCUUGUCUGGGUUUGCUGCAGCUGCGGGCGAGAGUAUCGUGCCCGGCAUCGUUUCUGAUAUAUUCUUUCUUCAUGAAAGAGCGGCCAUGAUGUCAAUCUACGUUAUACUUGCAGCUGGAGCGACCGCUGUCGGCCCUCUCGUAGCUGCGUUUGUCGUCGCAGGGACACCUGGAACGUGGAGAGACUUUACGUGGAUCUGCGUUGGUCUUGCCGGGUUCAAUGCUAUCUGUAUCUUCCUCUUCUACCCUGAAUCGACAUUUCAUCGGCCAGAUUUUCGACAUGCCACUCAGCCAUCCCCAGUUCAUGACGUUGAUAAAUCACCCGACGCGGAAUUGGUCGAAACCUCUCCUGCCCAGUCAGCAACCGCGACCGGAGAUGCAACUCUCACGCGGACGGACACCGUGGUCGUGGUACAACAGCGUUGGUCAACUAUUUGGACGACUACCUGGAGGCAUAAUCAACAAAUGUCCCUCUGGACAGCAUUCAUGCGGCCGUUGGCGUUCUUGGUCUAUCCCGCGGUGCUGUGGACUGUAUUCCUCUAUGGCCUACAUCUUGCUGCACAAGUCAUUCUCAUAUUCGUUUUCCCAUCUCUUCUGCUCGCGCCACCAUACUUGUUCAAAACACAAUAUAUCGGUCUGAUCGAGGUUGCCGCCCUCAUUGGCUUUCUCGUCGCCUGCUACGGUGGUGGCUACAUCUCGGAUACGAUAACCAUGCGUAGCAUUCGGAAACAUGAGGGCGAGUAUCAGUUAGAGCAACGGCUCUUGUCGUUGAUACCAGGCUUCUGGAUCGCACCUGUUGGAUGCAUUGUGGUCGCAUUCACGUGUGCGUACAAGCUCCAUUGGAUUGGUAUUUCUUUCGGUUUCGCUAUGGUAUCCUUUGGAACCGUUUACGCUCCCAACAUCGCAAUCACCUACGUGGCGGACUGCUACUCCGAGUAUGCCGCCGACUGUCUGGUUGUUGUCAACGCCUUCAAGAAUCUUGUAGCGUUUAUCUUUUUAUACGUUGCUUCUGAUUGGGUGGAGCAAUCUGGGUGGAUCCAGGUUUACAUGGUCAUGUUCAUGCUGCUCACGUUGAUCUUGCUGGUGGCUAUUCCGCUGUACUUCUUUGGUGCCAAGCUUCGAGCUGCCUCGGAAGCCAUCUACAAGCCUAAGGUUUCUGAAAGUACCCAGUGA